AUUCAUUUCGCCGGUUAACAUGAGAGAUCAUGGCCGCCUUCGGGCUUCUCAGCUAUGAGCAGAGGCCGCUGAAACGCCCCCGGCUCGGGCCGCCCGACGUCUACCCGCAGGACCCCAAGCAGAAGGAGGAUGAACUCACUGCAGUAAAUGUAAAGCAAGGCUUCAACAAUCAACCAGCCUUUACGGGAGAUGAACACGGCUCAGCCAGAAAUAUUGUAAUUAACCCAUCAAAGAUCGGAGCUUAUUUCAGCAGCAUUUUAGCUGAGAAACUAAAACUCAACACUUUCCAGGACACUGGGAAGAAGAAACCGCAAGUUAAUGCGAAAGAUAAUUACUGGCUGGUUACUGCUCGAUCCCAGAGUGCAAUCCAUAGCUGGUUCUCUGACUUAGCAGGGAAUAAACCACUUGCUAUUUUGGCAAAAAAGGAGCUGCCUCUGGCCAAAUCAGGUGUUCCUCAGGUUCCCAUCCUUAGUAAAAAGGAAGAUGUUUUUGCAUAUUUAGCUAAAUACUCAGUGCCAAUGGUUCGAGCAACGUGGCUGAUCAAGAUGACUUGUGCCUAUUAUUCUGCUAUUUCUGAAGCUAAAAUUAAGAAACGUCAGGCUACUGAUCCCAAUUUGGAGUGGACACAGAUAUCUACCAGAUAUCUUCGAGAGCAGUUGGCCAAGAUUUCUGACUUUUACCACGUGGCUUCCAGCGCGGGCGAGGGCCCUGUCCCUGUGCCGCCGGAUGUGGAGCAGGCCAUGAAGCAGUGGGAGUAUAACGAAAAGCUGGCCUUUCACCUGUUCCAGGAAGGAAUGCUAGAAAAACACGAAUAUUUGACAUGGAUCUUGGAUGUUUUAGAGAAGAUCAGACCGAUGGAUGAUGAUCUUCUUAAACUCUUGUUACCACUAAUGCUGCAGUAUUCAGAUGAGUUUGUCCAGUCGGCCUACCUGUCUCGUCGUCUCGCCUACUUCUGUGCCCGGCGCCUUGCCUUGCUGCUGAGCGAUAGCCCCAGCCUUGCUGCCCACUCGCCCCACAUGAUGAUCGGACCGAGCAGCUCGAGCAUCGGGGCCCCCAGCCCCGGCGCCCCCGGCCCUGGCAUGAGCCCCGUGCAGCUGGCCUUCUCGGACUUUCUCUCCUGCGCGCAGCACGGCCCCCUGGUGUACGGACUUAGUUGUAUGUUGCAGACUGUCACUCUCUGUUGCCCAAGUGCCUUGGUGUGGAAUUACUCCACAAACGACAGUAAGAGCGCCAACCCGGGCUCGCCCCUGGAUCUGCUGCAGGUGGCGCCCUCCAGCCUCCCCAUGCCGGGCGGGAACACGGCCUUCAAUCAGCAGGUUCGGGCAAGGAUUUAUGAGGUCGAACAGCAGAUAAAACAAAGAGGCCGUGCGGUGGAAGUUCGGUGGUCUUUUGACAAGUGCCAAGAGUCGACAGCAGGGGUGACCAUCAGUCGUGUUCUGCACACAUUGGAAGUGUUGGACCGACACUGUUUUGACCGAACCGAUUCCAGCAAUUCGAUGGAGACACUUUAUCAUAAGAUUUUCUGGGCCCACCAAAACAAAGAUAACCAAGAGGUCGCCCCCAACGAUGAAGCUGUGGUGACGCUCCUGUGUGAGUGGGCCGUGAGCUGCAAGCGGUCGGGCAAGCACAGGGCAAUGGCCGUGGCAAAGCUCUUGGAGAAGCGGCAAGCAGAAAUCGAGGCAGAGAGAUGUGGUGAAUCAGAGGUCUUAGAUGAGAAGGAGUCCAUUUCUUCAGCCUCUCUUGCUGGAUCUAGUUUGCCUGUUUUCCAGAAUGUUCUGCUAAGGUUUUUAGAUACACAGGCUCCCUCAUUGUCGGAUCCGAACAGCGAGUAUGAAAAGGUGGAGUUUGUGAACCUGGUGCUGCUCUUCUGCGAGUUCAUCCGACACGAUGUCUUCUCCCACGACGCCUACAUGUGCACCCUCAUAUCGCGAGGAGACCUGUCAGUCACCGCGUCCACGCAGCCGCGGUCGCCAGCAGGGGACAACGCGGACGAACACUACCCAAAGGACCACGAUGUGAAGAUGGAGGAACAAACUAUUAUGGCGCAUAUGGGCAUUGACUCAGGAACUACUAAUAUUUUUGAUGAAGUAGACAAGAGUGACUUUAAAACUGACUUUGGUUCGGAAUUUCCAAUUUUUUCUCCCAUGCCUGGAGAGUCCUGUGAGAAUGCCAGCCCUUCCUUGGGCAGAAGAAUGUCACUUAAUGGGGAGAAGUUGCUGAAGAGAGAAAAACCCAGGGAGUUAAUUUUUCCAUCUAAUUAUGACCUCCUGCGACACCUGCAGUAUGCAACGCAUUUUCCCAUACCUCUGGAUGAAUCUUCAAGUCAUGAAUGUAACCAGCGCACAAUCCUUCUUUAUGGAGUGGGCAAGGAGCGUGAUGAAGCACGGCAUCAGCUGAAGAAAAUUACCAAAGAUAUUUUGAAAAUCCUAAAUAAGAAGAGCAGCACCGAGACUGGGGUUGGAGAUGAAGGACAAAAAGCCAGGAAGAGCAAACAGGAAGCGUUUCCAACACUGGAGACUGUGUUCACAAAACUCCAACUCCUGUCGUAUUUUGAUCAGCAUCAAGUGACGUCUCAGAUCUCUAACAAUGUGCUGGAGCAGAUCACAAGCUUCGCAUCAGGGACCUCCUAUCACCUCCCUUUGGCUCACCAUAUUCAGCUCAUUUUUGAUCUCAUGGAGCCAGCACUGAACAUCAAUGGACUAAUUGACUUCGCAAUACAGCUACUAAAUGAACUGAGUGUUGUAGAAGCUGAACUGCUCCUGAAAUCCUCCAGCCUGGCAGGAAGUUACACGACGGGCCUGUGUGUCUGCAUCGUGGCCGUUCUUAGGCGGUACCACAGCUGUCUGAUCCUGAAUCCCGAUCAGACAGCCCAGGUGUUCGAAGGGCUGUGCGGUGUGGUGAAGCACGUCGCGAACCCCUCGGAGUGUUCUUCCCCCGAAAGAUGCAUCUUAGCCUACCUCUAUGACCUCUACGUGUCCUGUAGCCACCUCAGAAGUAAAUUUGGAGACCUCUUCAGUAGUGCCUGUUCAAAAGUUAAGCAAACCAUCUAUAAUAAUGUGAUGCCUGCAAAUUCUAACUUGCGAUGGGAUCCGGACUUCAUGAUGGAUUUUAUCGAGAAUCCUUCAGCCCGUAGCAUCAACUACUCAGUGCUGGGCAAGAUCCUUAGUGACAACGCGGCCAAUCGCUACAGCUUCGUCUGCAACACACUCAUGAAUGUGUGUAUGGGCCAUCAGGAUGCUGGAAGGAUUAAUGACAUAGCCAACUUCUCCUCUGAGCUGACAGCUUGCUGCACCGUCCUCAGUUCAGAGUGGCUGGGAGUCCUCAAGGCCCUCUGUUGUUCUUCAAAUCACGUGUGGGGGUUUAAUGAUGUACUUUGCACUGUAGAUGUGAGUGACCUUUCCUUCCAUGAUUCAUUAGCUACUUUCAUUGCUAUCCUGAUAGCACGACAGUGUUUCUCGCUGGAGGACGUCGUGCAGCACGUUGCCCUGCCCUCUCUCCUAGCAGCAGCUUGUGGAGAUGCGGAUGCCGAGCCUGGGGCAAGAAUGACAUGCCGACUCCUGCUUCAUCUCUUCCGAGCUCCCCAGGCCUGCUUAUUACCUCAAGCUACCGGGAAACCUUUCCCCGGAAUAAGAUCAUCUUGUGAUAGACACCUCUUGGCUGCUGCUCACAACAGUAUCGAAGUGGGAGCUGUGUUUGCUGUCUUAAAAGCAAUUAUGAUGCUUGGAGAUGCCAAAAUUGGCAAUAACAAUGUCAGCUCUUUAAAGAAUGACGACUUCACCAUGAGGGGUUUACGACGUGAUGGGAAUGCUGAUGACAUCUGGACUGCCUCACAACAUUCAAAGUCUUGUGGGAAAAGCAUUUCCAUAGAAACUGCCAAUUUAAGAGAAUAUGCUAGAUACGUACUGAGGACUAUCUGUCAACAGGAAUGGGUAGGAGAACAUUGCUUAAAAGAACCUGAAAGAUUAUGCACAGACAAAGAGCUUAUACUGGACCCUGUGCUUUCCAACAUGCAAGCGCAGAAGUUACUACAGCUUAUCUGCUAUCCUCAUGGCAUUAAAGAAUGUCCUGAGGGGGACAACUUGCAAAGACAGCACAUUAAGCGCAUCCUUCAGAAUCUAGAGCAGUGGACACUGAGGCAGUCCUGGCUAGAACUUCAGCUGAUGAUCAAACAGUGCUUGAAGGACCCUGGCUCUGGUUCGGUGGCCGAAAUGAACAACUUAUUGGACAAUAUUGCGAAGGCAACAAUAGAGGUGUUCCAGCAGUCUGCCGACUUGAACAACAACUCCUCCAGUUCGGGGAUGGGCCUCUUCAACCCGAACGGCGUCGGAAGUACGGAUGCAAGUAGCACAAGGCAGAAUGGGAUAAAGACUUUUCUAAGUUCCUCUGAACGCAGGGGCGUGUGGCUGGUGGCCCCCCUCAUUGCCAGGCUGCCGACCUCUGUGCAGGGCAGAGUGUUGAAAGCUGCUGGGGAGGAGCUCGAGAAGGGACAGCACUUGGGGUCUUCUUCAAAGAAGGAAAGAGACAGACAGAAACAGAAAAGUAUGUCUCUUUUGAGUCAACAACCAUUCCUCUCACUGGUCCUUACCUGCCUUAAGGGACAAGAUGAACAGCGAGAAGGCCUCCUGACCUCUCUCCAGAAUCAAGUUAAUCAGAUUUUAAGUAACUGGAGAGAAGAACGGUACCAGGACGACACCAAGGCCCGGCAGAUGAUGCACGAGGCCCUGCAGCUCCGUCUCAAUCUGGUGGGAGGGAUGUUUGACACGGUGCAGAGGAGCACGCAGUGGACCACAGACUGGGCCCUCCUCCUCCUCCAGAUCAUUACAUCCGGGACCGUCGACAUGCACACUAACAAUGAAUUGUUCACAACAGUUCUCGAUAUGUUGGGUGUUUUAAUCAAUGGAACCUUAGCCUCUGACCUGUCAAAUGCAUCCCCCGGGGGGUCUGAAGAGAACAAGCGUGCGUACAUGAAUCUGGUAAAGAAACUGAAGAAAGAGCUAGGAGACAAGCGAUCAGAAAGUAUCGACAAGGUUCGCCAGCUGCUGCCUUUGCCCAAGCAGACGUGUGACAUCAUCACGUGUGAGCCCAUGGGCUCCUUGAUCGACACGAAGGGAAACAAGAUCGCUGGAUUCGACUCCAUAGAUAAAAAGCAGGGCCUCCAGGUCUCCACGAAGCAGAAGGUGUCCCCGUGGGACUUGCUCGAGGGCCAGAAGAACCCCGCGCCCCUGUCCUGGGCCUGGUUCGGGACGGUCCGAGUGGACCGAAAGGUGAUCAAGUAUGAGGAGCAGCACCACCUCCUUUUGUAUCACACUCACCCCACGCCCAAGCCGCGCAGCUACUACCUCGAGCCGCUGCCCCUGCCCCCCGAGGAGGAGGAGGAGGAGCCCUCGUCUCCCGUCUCUCAGGAACCGGAGAGGAAAUCGGCCGAGCUGUCGGAUCAGGGGAAGACCACGGCAGAUGAAGAGAAGAAAACCAAGGGAAGGAAGCGCAAGACCAAGUCCAGCUCCAGAGCUGACGAGUAUCCACAGAGCAGCAUGUACAGGGCGCCUCCUAAUUACUCACCCGUUUCCUCCCAGAUGAUGCACCAUCCACAGUCCGCCCUUUGGGGCUACAACCUCAUGGGGCAGCCCCAGCAACCCGGCUUUUUCCUUCAGAACCAAUCUCUUACUCCAGGUGGCUCCCGACUGGACCCCGCAGGCUCCUUUGUCCCAACGAACACCAAGCAGGCUCUGUCGAACAUGCUCCAGCGGCGCUCGGGUGCCAUGAUGCAGCCGCCCUCCCUCCACGCCAUCACCUCGCAGCAGCAGUUGAUACAGAUGAGGCUUCUGCAGCAGCAGCAGCAGCAGCAGCAGCAGCGUCUCCUCAGGCAAGCCCAGACGCGACCCUUCCAACAGGGCCAGCCGGGGGACCAGGCUGCUCUCUUUGCUGCACAGGCGCGGCCUUCCCCUCAGCUCCCCCAGUACCCAGGGCUGCAGCAAGCACAGACCAUGCCCCAGGGCUACACGAUGUAUGGAACCCAGAUGCCUUUGCAGCAGACCCCACAGCAGCAGGCUGGCAGUGUGGUCCUGUCCCCGACCUAUAACUCCAGAACUUAUCCAGCCGCACAUUCCAACCCGGCGCUCAUGGAAAGACUCAGGCAGAUGCAGCAGCAGCCCAGCGGCUAUGUCCAGCAGCAGGCGUCGCCCUACCUGCAGCCCUUGACUGGCUCUCAGAGACUGAACCAUCAGUCGCUUCAGCAGAGCCCGCUGGUGGGCGGAGGAAUCGACGCGGUGUUGACUUCCACACACCCAAGCCUGCCCUCCGUGCCCCUGCCUCAGGACCCGAUGAGACCCAGACAGCCGCAGGUCCGGCAGCAGCAGAGGCUCCUCCAGAUGCAGCAGCCCCAGCAGCCCCCACAGCCCCCACAGAGUCAGACCCUCAGUCUCCAGGCCAUGCAGCCCCAGCAGCCCUUGUUCCCCAGGCCAGGCCUGCAGCAGACACAGCAGCAGCAGCAGACGGCAGCCCUGGUGCGGCAGCUCCAGAAGCAGCUUUCCAGUAACCAGCCACAGCAAGGAGUGGCUCCCUAUGGGCACCCUUCACACUUCUGACCCCAGAAGAGGACGAGACGUGAAGUUUGGUGUUUGCACUGAAAAACAGAAAAUCAAGUUUAAUGCAUUAGUCGUCUUUAGAAAUGUCCCUUGGUUCUUUUAUUUCUUUGAAGUUUUCCUACGUUUUAGGCUUCAUUUCAUACGAAGGUGUUUCAACAGAAAGUAAUGGAGGAGAUGGGGUUUGGUGGUGUUGCAUUCAACUCUGAAGUAGGUUUAACAAUGUGGAUCAUGAGGGCCUACUCCAGGAAGAGUGUGGUAGCAGACCUUUCGAAAUUGGUGCUUUUUUUUUUCAAUCUCAUAGUUAUAGAAAGAAUGAAUUAUGGUGGAUUUAACAUAUUUAUGUAUUCAUUAAUGAUGAAGAUUUAUUUUUGCAAACUGUGCCGGACCAAACUACUGAUUUGAAAGGCAUGUCCGAUCUUGACCCGGAAGUGACCCAUUUAUUCAGCAUUCACCUUUGAUGGUGAAAUGGACAUUGAUUCGCAUUGCUCUCAUUUGAAAUGUUUGUAAUUUCAUAAGCACUUUAUAAACUUUGUUCUUAUUUAUGUAGGGUUUUUCUUUGCUUUUGUUGUGGUCAAAAGGUGCUGAAACAGAUUGUUGCUUAGUCCUUAAGCUUCUUAGACCAAGAACUUAAACCAGGGCUUCCAUGAGAGUCACCCCAAGGUGUGUGGAAGCCUGUUAGAAGUAGCCGCGCUUGAAUUUGGUGUCCGUGGCAAGGUCAUUGGCCAGAGUCUUUGUGAAGGUAGAACGAGUAAAUUUUAAAGGCCCGAGCGAAUCACAGUGGAAUUGUUCCAAUUAUUUAUUGCCAGAUUUGGCAAAAAUGACUCUGUCCAGUUUGGGUUCUCCUGAACCUUAUGCCAACUGAGAAAAAAAAAUCUCGCAGCUGGCCUCAGAUUGCACAGCGCUCAACCUUGACACGGUUCCCAGAGAAUCUGGCCCCCAAGUCCAGAAGCCUCUGGCUUUCAUAAGAGAUGUAUUUGCUGUUUAUUUUGUAUGGUAAGUAUUUGCUAUUUUGAACUUAAUUAUUAAUGUUGGUGUCAGUCUUGGUUGUGUAUUGCAUAUACUGUAUUUAUAAAUUGGUGCAAAAAGCACAAGUAAAGUAAAUUAUACAUCAAAUUUAUUAUAAAGAAAUAGUAACUAUUUUAACUUUGUUCAAGUAUGUGGUAAUUUGCUCCUAUUAGAGUAAAAAAUACAGUAAAUUAUUAUCAGUUUGUGGAACUUAAGAGUAUUCCAUAUAAUAUUUUUUUAGAUUUAGAUGCAUAAAAUUUUGAAUGUGAGAAUUGCAGGGCAUUUUAAAACAUAUGUGGGGGAUAUUUUCCCAUGUUCUGUGUUAAUUCAUUUUCUUUUGCCAUAUGAUUUUCCAUGUAAUGUAGUCAAGCAUACUGUGAAUAGAUUUGUCUAUAAUGAGCAACCAUGUAGAACUCCUUUUUUUAAAUGUAGCUAGUACAACUUCAGUAGAUCACUUCUUUUGCAAAUCAUUAUAUAAAUAAUUUAUAUCUUCCUAGGUGAGUUACUCAUUGCAAAGUUUGACUCAUGCAAACGACCUCAGAUACACGUCCGCUUACUUUGCUGUGGCAGCAUCCGUGUGAACCGCUUUGUACACUGUGAAACUCUUUCCCUCCAGCCUGCUCAUUUCGUGUUUACUCUGGGCUGGAAACGACUUUGCCAAAACAUUAAAGACCAUCCUUUUCACUAAAUUACUAUAUUCUAUCUGCUUUCAGAAGAUGAAUCUUUACAUUUCAGCUGGUUUUGUAUGUCAGAUUUUUUUCCCUCUUGAGAAUCAUACUUAGAGUUCAUGAAGUUAUUUUUCUUCAAAGUAAUAUAUUCAUAUAAGGACUGCCUUGGCAAAACCACCGAAAUGUGAAUGUCGUGCCUAGUGAGUCGUGUUCUCUCCUGAUUGUUUUCUUUCUUUUCAAGAGUUAUUGGCAUUUAAAAUGCCACUUUUCAGUUUGAGCCAUAUAUUUUUGUAGCUCAAUAUUGCAAACAGCAGUAAUACUGUUUCCAGAAUGAGUGUUAUAAUUGCAUAGCAUUUAUAUGCACUUUAUAUUUUGCAGAAGUUAGUGAAAUUAAUUUAUUAAUCAUUUUGCACAUGAAAGCUGUGGGGUAUACUUUUUCUGUUGUCUUUUUCCUUUAGUUGAGGAAGCAAAGUCAUGGUAAGGCCCUAUAAUUUAACGAUUCUAUGGAAAGUGAGGAAAAACCUAAAGCUGGUUUUCCCCUGUGCAUUAUAAAGAGAACAACUGGAAUUUUUAAUCUAGUCCUAUCAUGUUUCCUCCGACUUAAUCCUCUAUCCUGAGAGGAUUCUUUUUUAGCAAAUGCAUUAAUUCAUAUUAAGAUGAUCACAGGGAAAGCCCUAUCCUUUGGCAGACCUGGUAAUUUGCUCGAUGAGAUAGAAAGGAAGUCAUCAUCGGAGAAAAUGGAGACCCCAGAUACCCUUAAAGAUAAGGCUUUGAAGUCAGUGCAGCUCGAUGUAAGAAGCCCUAGGCACCCUAUUUGCACUGCAGGCUCAUUCCUAACGGGGGUUACAUUUGUCAUUUUAUUCACGCCUCUUGGCCCAGAAGUAAGUCCCCCCCUCAGGUGGGGCCAGCUGAAAGUUGGUGUGAUGGAAAUGAUGCAGCGAGCUCCCAGGAUGUUUCAGAUAGUUAACUGGGAGGGGCUGACCUAGCCAUUGGUUUUGUGUGCUGAAUUAUCCGAGCAAGACCUUUGGCAAGUUCUUCUUCUUUUCUGCUUAUUAAAGCUCCUAUAAUUAUUCUUAAAUAAUAGGUGAAUAUUCGAGUAGAUGCUGGAGAAAUUACACUGGAAAAUCUUCCCAGCUGCUAGAAUUAGAAAAGAUCAAUCUUAAUGUCCCCCAGAUUAAUUCAGGUUGAAUUAAGCAUGUAAUAUAAAUAAAUUCAGUGAAUUAACAAAAAGCAUUUUCUGUAGGGUUGACCAAAUUAAGUACAGUGAAACUUCAUUACAUGUAUUAGAUCUAGAUUUUCUCAAACAUUUUCCUGCCACAUAGAGGAUUGUCACAAUGAAAUAAACGCUCAUAAAGCAAUGGUUCCUCCUCAGAAAACUCUCCUUGUAAACAGUUCUAAACCCAGGGGUGCCUGAAAUAGGUUUUGAAGUUAUAAGGAAGUUUCAUUGUAUUUUUAAAACCUUUUCCAUGGGUUUAUUUGGACAAAAGGUAAUCAACCCCCUUUCCAGACUUUAUGAUGUGCAGGGAUUAAGUUGCUUUUUACACGUGAAAAAGUUAGCCUGCAUUGAUUUUUAAAUGCAGUCACUAAAACGUUUUUGUAUUCCCCAUCAGUGAAAAUUGUCAGUGUGCUCAAAAUGGUGAAUCGUAAUCAAAACAGCUCAGUGCUUGUUUUCUGUAGGUUUUAGUAAAUUAUUUAUAAACCAACCACAAAAUAUUUAUACAUCGAGAUGGCAAAUUUACAUUGAGACUGCACAUUUAAUUUUUUUUGUGUCUCUGUCCUCAGCGCCAAGCUUGUAACCUUGGUAGUAGGUGGACACUAGGCACCUGGCAGUGGAGGAAGGGUCCGCUCUAGUGGGCAGCGCGGGUACCUUGGUGUUUGCUAGCUUACGGUGGACAGUCUCCCUUCACCUUCAUUGUUAUUUGUUGGCAAAAUAAAAGUGCCUUAAGUUAAAAAGUUUGUUUUGAGAUCCAUUAAAGAAAUCAGUAUCAGUUCAUAAUGCAUUUAUUUACAAGUCUUUUUUUUUUUUUUUGCAUGUCCAUUAUAAAUUUAAUACUGUAAAUGUAUUCAAAUUCAUUUACAUGCCUAUGGCUGCCUUUGAUUAAACUUCUUCCAAAAAAUAAA